AUGUCUGUUGUUAAGGUGGCCAUCACCCACUCGGCGAGCCAGCGUGUGGUACCGGAGAAGUCCUACGGACUUACACAGACAGUACAGAGCAUUAAAGACGACAUGUACUCUCGGUUCGGCAUCCCGGCGGAGCAGAUUCGACUAGAGCUGUACGACACCCGCGACUGCAAGGUAGAGGGUGACAUGAAGGAUGAGAAACUGCUUGGCUUUUAUGGAUGCGAGACAGGGUAUCGCAUCCACGUCGUCGACCUUCGACCUACCGCGCAGGUGGAGAACUACGACGAUGUAUCGAAGGUGGAGAAGUACGUAAUGACAGACGAAGAGUGGCUUAAGCGGCCCGACAACCUCCGCGCCUACAAGGAGCGCAUGCUCGCCCUGCAGCGCGAGGAGAUGACGAAGGCUGGCAUCGAGGUGCCGACCGGACCGGACGAUGACAGCUACAAAGCUGAAGCUGAGAAAAUGAAGGUAGGUGACCGCUGCUGUUGCCAACCCGGCGAGCGCUUCGGCACGGUGCGGUACGUUGGACGCGUUGCCGCACUGAAGCCGGGGUACUGGGUCGGCGUCGAGUUUGACGAGCCCGUCGGCAAAUCCAACGGCACUGUUAAAGGGGUAACACUGUUUGAAUGCUUGCCCCUGUACGGCGGUGUGAUGCGCCCCGAUCAGGUGAAGGUGGGCGACUUUCCUCCUGAGGAGUACUGA